AUGUCACUAUUAGUCCCCAGACUGCCGAGCAGCCUCGGCGUCUGCAGCUCCAUCGUCAUCGGCCUGGAUGACCAGCCAUUUGCCAUCAACGUCCACCCGGCCGUCAUCUACGUGAUCCCUACAGCUCCAAAACCCAGGGGAAGCUGGGGGAAGCUGGGAGAGGUGGCGGAGGGGGACAGGCUUCUGGCCAGGCUGGGGGCCAGGCUGAUGGGAGUGGUGCGGGAGGAUUGGGAAGUUUGCUCGAUGGGCAGGCUGGUGGGCAAACCGGAGGCCAGGCUGAUGGGCAAAGUGGUGGAAAAUUUGCUGGUGGUCAAACUGGGGGACAGUUCGGGGGUGGAGAGUCUGGUAGUCAGUUUAGCGGUGGGCAAGCCGAUGGACAAACCGGUGGCCAGUUCGGCGGACAGACCGGAGCACAAGCAGGGGGGCAGUCUGGCGGACAGCCUGGCGGACAGUUUGGAAACGGCCAAGGUGAAGGACAAGCCGGAGGACAAACCGGAGGGCAGGAGGGGGAGGGUGACAAUCUGGAUCUGGCCAGGGAGGCUCUGGAGGAACGUCAAACGGAGCACAAGCGGCUCUUCCAGCGGCUCCGGAGGAUCUGGCACCACUAGCCUCGGCAGCACAUCCUCCGGGUCGUCGGCGCAGUCACUGACAAGCACCAUCCUGGAGCCCUGCAAAAGUCUAUUGCUGGACGUCUCGGUCGACUUGCUCGGGCUUAAUAUCAAUAUCGACCUCUACCUUCACCUGGCCGGGCUGCUUGAUGGCGUGGGGGGCCUACUCAACAGCCUUCUCGGAGGCGACAGGUCGCGGCCCACCACCAUGACGCAGCGGUACCGCGACAUUUGCGGCACGUCGUUUACAACCCUCGGCCCCGGCAGAAAUGUAACGGCCACGAGCCCGACGGACUGCCUGCAGCAGUGUGAGAUCGACGCCAUCCUGGCGACGGUGCAGCUCGGCACGCUGAACGACUGCCUCGGCGCGACGCUGGACCGAGGCAUCGCCAUCGACAACUGCCUCUACUUCAUCGGAAGCGACACGGACAUUCUCGACUUGCACAUGGCCAUAAACACCGAUGACAGCGACUCGUUUUGCAAGUCCUGCUAG